CAUAUACAGCCCCGCCCGGCGCUACUGUCACCCUCAGGGCCCCUGGACCUGCCCAAUUGCUCGCUAGCUCCUGAGAACUGCAGGAGGGGAAAGCUGUUCCAGGCUAGGACCGUUUCCUGUGGACUGCUGACUAACAGGAUGUGUGACAGAAAUAGUGGCAGGCGACUCCGGCAAUGGCUGAUUGAACAGAUUGACAGUAAUAUGUAUCCUGGGCUCAUCUGGGAAAAUGAGGAGAAAAGCAUGUUUCGGAUCCCUUGGAAACAUGCUGGCAAGCAAGAUUAUAAUCAGGAGGUUGAUGCUUCCAUUUUCAAGGCCUGGGCAGUUUUUAAAGGAAAGUUUAAAGAAGGGGACAAGGCUGAACCAGCCACUUGGAAGACAAGGUUACGCUGCGCAUUGAACAAGAGCCCAGAUUUUGAGGAGGUGACCGACCGAUCCCAACUGGACAUUUCUGAGCCAUACAAAGUUUACCGCAUUGUUCCCGAAGAAGAGCAAAAAUGCAAAAUGGGUAUGGCAAACAGCAGUGCCAUGAACGAAGUCACGGACAUGAAUUGUAGUCGAUCUGAAAUAGAUGAUCUGAUGAAAGAGCCCUCAGUAGAUGAAUACCUUGGAAUUAUCAAAAGAAGUCCUUCUCCUCAGGAGGCCUGUAGGAGCCAACCAAUUCCAGAUUGGUGGAUACAGCAAUCCAGCACAGCCAUACCUUUGAUGUCUGGGUAUCCUACUUUUGAGUCACACCAUUCAGUUUACUCCCAGAUGUUAAUCAGCUUUUAUUAUGGAGGCAAAUUUGUGGGCCACAGCACCACCAGUUACCCCGAAGGCUGCCGAAUUUCCCUGAGUCUACCUCCUCAGCACCUUGAAAAGAUGUAUGACCCCGAAGGCUUGGAGAACAUUCGGUUCCCAUCUGCAGAUCUGAUCCAAAAUGACCGUCAGAAACAGGUCACCAAGAAACUAUUCGGCCACCUGGAGCGAGGAGUCCUGUUACACAGCAAUAAAAAUGGCAUCUUCAUUAAGAGGUUGUGCCAAGGGAGAGUCUUUUGCAGUGGGAACUCCAUGAUGUUUAAGGAUAGACCCAAUAAAUUGGAGCGGGAUGAAGUUGUCAAGAUUUUUGACACAAACCAGUUUUUCAGAGAACUGCAACAGUUUUACAAUAACCAAAGUCAACUUCCUGAAAGCAGAGUGAUCCUAUGCUUUGGUGAAGAGUUCCCAGACAUGGCACCAUUGCGCUCCAAACUCAUCCUUGUCCAGGUGGAGCAGAUUUAUAUACAACAAUUCAGAGAUGAAGCUAGAAAAAACUGCCAGAACAACCUAAUGAUCCAGCCUCCAGAGGAACCCCAUCCCGAUCAGGUCUUCCGAUUCCCAGAUAUCUGUGGACCCCAUCAAAGGUCCUUUUUUAGAGAAAAUCAGCAGAUCACUGUCUAGAGAAACUUUGUACCUCCCCCUCACCCCAUUUCCCACCAUUGUAGUGCUGUUCUGGUAAUUUUUCAGGUGGAUCCUGCUAGGGAACCAUUGUGAUCUUUAUUAAGUAAGUCCUGAAAAAGAUGAAGUUUGAAAGAGAAAUGGGGUCAUUCAUUGAUGUAUUUUGGUAACUGGGACAAGACUGUCCAGAUUUGUAAAUAUUAUAAAGAAAAUCUAUAAUUUUCUGUAUUUAGUUUGAUUAUCUUUUGCACUGAUUUAUUUUUCCUUCUGCAUCCCCAGAUUAUGAUAUUUCCAGAGUCUAGGCAUUGGCAUACAGCUAUUCAGUGUUAUAGUCUAGAGUUCAGAGACUAGAGCAAAGCACUAGGUCAGGAAGAAUCUGAGUUAAAAUCCUGCCUCAGAAACUUAUAAACUAUGUGAACUUGGGUGAUGACUUGACCUUCCUCAGCCUCAGUUUCCUGCUCUGUGAAAAAAAUGGGGCUAGUAUAGUACCUACCUCACAAGGUUGUCAUGAGGAUCACAGGAGAUAACAUGUUGAGUGGUUUGCAAGCUAUGUAAAUGCUAAUGUAAAACCCUGGUUCUCGUUAACAGCCUAGGAGGACACUUUGGUGGAUAAGUCAGUCACCAGUAGCUAAGCCAGAACUUCAUUCCUUCAAUUCAGUUUCAUUCAAGAAAUCAAUAUUCAUGGGGGCAGCUGGGUAGCUCAGUAGAUUGAGAGCCAGGCCUAGAGAUUAGAGGUCCUGGGUUCAAAUGUGGCCUCAGAUAUUUCCCAGCUGUGUGACCCUGGGCAAGUCACUUGACCCCCAUUGCCUAGCCCUUACCACUCUUCUGCCUUGGAACCAAUUCACAGUAUUGACUCCAAGACAGAAGGUAAGGGUUUUUUAAAAAAAAGAAAGAAAUCAACAUUCAUGAAGUACCUCUUAUGGGAAAGGCACCAUGCUAGGCUUUGGGAAUACCAAAAAUAGUCCAACGAACAAGCCAAAAUGGGCUCCUCCUUGAAGGAGUUUAUAUUCUUCAUUAGAUAAAAUUGUAGACUUGUGGCUACCCAUUCUUAUUUCUGGGUUGAAGUGCCUUUUUAUUUUUGAAACAUUUUUAAAAAUAGAGAUUUUGGAUGUUUUAGACACUAGCCCUGCUGUGACAAAAGAUUGUUGGGGUUGCAGUAGAGUAGAAAAUAGGUCUGACCAGGAGUUGGAUGACCUGGAUUCUGGUAUCAGCUCCUAGCUUUGCCCCUAACUAGGACAUGACCUAGUGACAAGUUGGUGGCUCAGUGGAUGGAUGGUGCUCUGAGUCUAGAGUCAGAAAGACCAGAGUUCAAAUCUAGACCCAGACACUUAUUGGUUGAUCCUGAGCAAGUCACUUAGUGCUGUGUGCCUCAGUUUCCUUAUCUGUAAAAUGAGCUGGAGAAGGAAAUGGCAAAUUACUCCAGUAUCUUUACCAAGAAAACCCCAAAUGGAGUCAUGAAGUCAAACACAACUGAGCUGAAGUUGUGUGACCUUCAGCAAGUUACUUCCUUUCAUUUCCUUGUCUUUAAGAUGAAAAUUCUGGGGAAUCAGAAAAUAUUUGAAGGACCCUUUUAACUCUCCUAUUCUGUGUUCUAAGGAUCCCAUCCAGCUCUAAAAGUCUCUGUUCUAAAGUUCUUUCUAAUUCUGUUGUUCAUAGAUUUAGAGUUUAAAGGGAUAUUAGAAAUCAUCUAUUCCAAUCUUCUCCGUUUUACAGAUGAAGAGUCUGAGGGCCAGGGAGGCUAAAAAACUUACCAGAAGUCAUGUAGGUAAAUAUGAUAAAGUCAGGAUUGAAGACCUUGUCCUCUGUUUCCAAAUCCCAUACUCCCCCUCAUUAUCCCACAUUGCUUUUCUUUGUUCUGAAGCCAAACAUUCUAUACUCCAAGAUCCCAACAUUCUACUCUCCCCGAUCCCUCCCAACUCUUGCUGUUCUGAGAUUCUAUAUGUCAGUUGUAAGAGCACAUCAACUGGGUCUUCCCAGCUGGUCAGCAGUACUCACCAGUCAGUGGUGUUUCUUGUCCAUUUCCCCAUAGCCUCUGGCAAUAAGUAUACAGUGGGGCCAAGUGGUACCUCUCUCAGGUCCUCCUGCUACACGGUGUCAUACAAGAUGCUUGGCUCACUCAAUCUUGUCCCAAGCCUAUAAAAGACUCACUUUAUAAUAAAUUUAUCCCAAAUAUAUAUAUAUAUAUGUAUAUAUAAGCAAUUUAUAACAAAUCAUAGCAAAUGGUGGCCUAGUUAAUCCCAUCUUAAUGAAUCCAAUUUGGAAGUUAACAUCCCAGUUCUCAAGGAGUUUAUAGUCUAAUUGGAGGAAAAUAAUAUAAAUAUUUUAUAUUAUAUAUAAUAUAUCAAAUUAUAUAUAAUAUAUUAAAAUUAUAUACAAUAUAUUAAAUUAUAUGUUAAAUUUCUAUAUAACAUAUUAAACCUAUAUAGAAUAUAACAUUAAAAUUAUACAUAUGUACCUGAGUCAGAAAAUCUUGGUCCCAUUUCUUACUUGUGUUAUUUUAAGCAAAUCAUUUCCCCUCUCUUUCAUUUCUAAGGGUCCUUUUAGUUAGUAACUUUAUGUGAAUUCUGACUACUUCUCUACCCCCAUUUCUUAGGUUCUGAGUGAAGGCGUAGGUGCACAUUUUUUCUUUCUCCAACAUUCUUAGCCUGACUUUUUCAUCACUUGUCUGCUUUGGAGAACUAGGCAGAGGCUCCUGGGAUACAUAAUUGCUUAUGCAUUUGUAUGUGUGUUCAUAAUAGCCAUACAUACGCCCACUUAUAUUGGAAGGAUUAUUUACAUAUCAUAGUUAAAUUGAAGCUAUUAUUGGGUAGUCCAGGUGAGCAUUGUGGGAAAGCUCUGAUUUAAAAUUUGAAUAACCAAAGAGAAAUAAUUCAUUUUUUUUUCUAUUGUAAAUUUUAUGGAGAUGAUGAGAAGUAUGUAGCUCAAGAAGAAAGAGGGAGGCAUUUAUUUCUGUAUGUAUAUGUAUAUAAAGGAAUAUACUAGUAGCAAAGGCUUUAUAACUCUUGAAAAUGAGAUUUUAUCAUUAGGAAAAUCAAACCUAUUUUUAGUUUGACGUAAAGUAAUAGUCUUAAUCUGUGUUCUUUUCAGCUAAAAGAAGAAUGUGCUAAAUGAAUAUUUAUUUUUAUGUCCAUUUAAAAAGUUGCUUGUCAGCUUGGUUUCCUUUUCCCCUCCAUCCUCACUCUGGCUUUGCAAAUAAAAUGUUAUAUUUUGUACUGA